AAUGACGUAAAACUCAUCCAUGUUUACUUCCGCAUUUUGACAAAUUAACAUUUUCUGUUGAUUUUCAGCGAAAAACUAUUAGCAGACAACAUGAAUCGUCUGUUUGGAAGAUCAAAGCCAAAAGAACCAGCACCUAAUCUUACAGAUUGCGUUGCCAAUAUUGACUCAAGAGGUGAAUCAAUUGAUAAGAAAAUAGCAAGACUGGAUGCAGAAUUAAAAAAAUACAAAGAUCAAAUGGCGAAAAUGAGAAAUGGUCCCGCAAAGAACUCAGUAAAACAGAAAGCUAUGAGGGUUUUGAAGCAGAAGAAAAUGUAUGAACAACAGAGAGAAAAUUUAGCAAACCAGUCAUUUAAUAUUGAACAGCAACAUUUUGCUAUCCAAGAGCUUAAAGAUACAAAAGUCACUGUUGAUGCAAUGAAAGUUGGAGUAAAAGAAUUCAAGAAGGCAUACAAACAUGUUGAUAUUGAUCAAAUCGAGAAUCUUCAAGAUGAGCUGGAAGACCUUACAGAACAGUCAAGCGAAAUACAGGAAGUUAUGGGAAGAAGUUAUGGAAUGCCCGAGGUAGACGAUGAUGAGUUGGAAGCGGAACUUGAUGCAUUAGGUGAUGAGAUAGGACUGGAUGAAGAUACUUCAUAUUUAGACGAGGCUGUUUCAACUCCAUCUGUACCUACCAGCGAACCUGGAGCAGAUAGCGCAAGAGGGGACAGCGUUCCAGUGGACGAAUUUGGAUUGCCUCAGAUUCCCGCCAAAUAGUCCAAAGACUGCCUAAAACUGUUGUGAUAUUUAAAAUUAUUUGUGUAGAAAAAGACAUUACACCAUAGUUCAUUGUGUAAAUUACUAUUCAACACAGUUUACUCAUUCAUCAUUUAUGUGUUAAUCAUAAAAUGGACUGCUUGUAUAUAGGCAACACAUUUAACCUUCCUGGCAUGUUUUAAUAUGUACUUUUGCCAGCAUGCAGUUUGGCAAAAAAAAAAAGAGAGGGCAAACGGUUGUUUUAUUUGUACUGUUAUUUGAAAAUACAUACUGAAGCAGCCAUCUUUAUGUGUUGAUAACAUAUGGUCAAAGUAUGUCAAUUUAUGCUUCUGUCAGGAAGUCUAUGUCUACAGUAGAUAGAUGAUAUGUUUGCUUCAGUGUAAGAUUGAAAUAUCUUUUACAAGUGAACACCAGAUGCAAUAUUUUCACAAGUGGCAUACCCGGAAGUGAAUGUAAGAUAUGGUAUUCAUGAAUGAAAGAUAUUUUAAUCUUACAUGUGAAACAAACAAAUUUUAUUUCAUGUUUUGACUCAUUUUAUAGUUUCUUACCAGCAAAAAAUAUAUUUGAUAUUUUCACUGCGAAAAUUCCAGGUAUAUUUCACUCUAAUGUUUUUCCAUAAUUCACUGAAAAACACGUAAUAAUAUCUUGGAUUUUUUGCCAGGGAUGAAAAAGAAUUGUUAGUGACAUUAUAUUAGUUGAGUUAAUUUAUUAAGAACGAAGUGUUCUUAGAGUUUUGUAACUUACGGAAUUUUGUAACUUACAAGUGUAAUAGGGUGUUGAUAUUUGUGAUCUUCUACAGAUUCAGUCAUCAUUUUGCCUGAGUAAUAUUGUACAUAGGUGCGCAUUAUACAUGAAUAUCUUUGGUAACUCAGCUCAUUAAACCAGGGAUUUUCUCUAUUAGCAUUGUCGAUAAAAGUUGGUGGAUUAAAUGUUUUCAGUAGCUGAACUGAACACAGCCAGGCUCCAAGGUUAUAUAAACUGAGUUUGGGAACCAGUCUCAGUUUGCAGCCUCUCCAUUGGUCAGUUUCAAACAUAUGCAUGGAAACAACCAAUCAUAUCAUGGUUUUUUUGAGACUGGUCCCCUUAUUCAGCUUUAUAACCUAUUCAUAUUGGAAAAGUGAUUCACCUUAUUAUCAAAGUAACUGAAAUCAUUAAAGAAGUCUGUAUAUUGAAGUUAACACAUUCAUUCUAACUUUGAACAAAAUCUUCUUUUUAAUCGAACAAUACACUUAUUUUGAUAAUUAUAGAUUCAACUUCUUGAAAUAUCAUGUGUCAACUUUUAUAUACCUGAAAAUAAAAGGAAAAAUAACAAGCACUGGUAAUUUUUGCAUGUAAACUUGUAUGAAAUGAUAUUUUACCUUGAUGAACUUUUUCAGUUUACUUCCAGUCAAGAUGACAGUUUGUAAUGUUCAAGAAAUGCAUGCUAAUUUUUUUUUUAGGUUUUAGUUCUAUUAUAGUCAGUUUUAGCUAGCCUGCCCAACAUAUAUACUACAUUUAAAUUCAACUUUGACCAUUCAUUAUUAAAAAAUAAGGGUUUUCUAAAAGAAGUCAUUAUGGAAUAAAACUUUGUUACAGAAAGUUGUAGAACAGGCGUUUUAUAUAAGAUGAAAAAAAUUUUUUCUCUUAAAUAGUUUUUUUUCAUAUAUUUUCAUAUAUAAAAGUAGCUUUGAAGAAUAAUCGGAGAAGACAGGGUGUAUUAACAUCUUAAGAACAAUAAGUUUAAAAGUGUUUAAACACAGUGAUAAGCCACAAUAAUUCUGAGAAGCAGCUGAUUUGCAUAGUCUUAAAACUAGGGUAUCAGAUCAAAGUGGUUAGUUGAAAUAGUAGCAUUUGUGUACAUUUCUGUUAUAACAUCUGGUUUUUAAAAAUAUUUUGAAUGGAGUACAUGUCAGAAUUCCAACAGAUAUGUGUUUUCAUAUGGUUUGUUCUAUUUAUUGUUUAAAAGUUCAAAUUUAAAAGACAAUAGGAUUCAAGAAGAGAAAAAUAUUCUGUUGUAUUUUGAAAAUAAAAGAUUGUGCCAUUUCUUUUAUUUCAUGUAUAUACAUCGUAUACAUUAGAAAACAUUUUACAUGAAUUGGCACAGAUUCAUUAGAAAUCAAACAGUUAAACCUGUAAAAGCUGAUAACAUAUCUGAAGAUUUAAAAGCAGAUAUUUUCUUUCUUUGAUGGCAUAAUUAAUUUGUUAAUAAACUUCCCAGGGGCAACAACUUCUGUACAAAGUGCAGAAAGCAGUUUUCGCCCCUGUAUUGCUGUACAGAAGCUGCAUUGUAACUGGGUGUUGCUCCACAACAUUUUAAGAGGAGAGUAAGUAAGAGAAUUUUCUAUAAUUUACUGUGUAUAUACGAGUAUUUAUUACAUGCUAAAUAUGAGGGAGAUGAAGAGCAGUGUUUUCAUCUUUACUAUUUAACUGUUAAUAAAUCUUUUUGUAUUAAAAUGAUUGAUGAAAAUUAAAAUAUAAAAAUGUU